CAAAUUUCAAACAACAAGCCAGUCUUCCGCUCCCUUUAACUAUUGAAAGGCUCCCUCGACCCCAAGGACAAGAUUCAGUUCCUUUAUCAACGAUAAUUUCAAUUGCGUUUGGGAACCACACUUUGUUCCGGCACUGACACUCUCGAGUUGUGCAAGACUUGGAGCCCCCGCUCAACAGAAGCCCAACGACGAAAGUUAAGCAUUCGACGAAACAACGAGAGGAAAUAAUAUGUCCGGUUUACGACUUCUUGGGGCUGGAUGGAGCCAGGUUGGUUCAUUGACGAUUGCACAGCGUGCUGCUAUCCAUCAAACGGUGGCAACGAGAUAUGCGGGAAAGGAGACUGCGCUUGGACAUGAAGGUCGCAAAGAUGAAAUCGAACGGGAGAAGGACGAUCUGUUGAAAAAGCAUAAGGAAGGAAAGGGCCACUGGAAAGAGCAAUUGGCGUCAGAUAGUGAAAGCAUCGUCAAGGCAGACCGAGGCGAAGUCGAGGCAUCCAAGGAAACCAUCAAGGAGCUCCAAGAGGAGGGGGCAAAGCUUGCUAAAGAGAAGAAGUGAUACUUUCCAAAUAAGGCAUUGUGGGAACUGCUCGAAAGGGACUGGUAACAGUGGAAGAGGGGGUUGGAUAUUGUGG